AUCUUCGUCAAGACCCUCACUGGCAAGACCAUCACCCUGGAGGUCGAGCCCAGUGACACCAUUGAAAACGUCAAGGCCAAAAUCCAGGAUAAAGAGGGCAUCCCCCCCGACCAGCAGCGUCUGAUCUUUGCUGGCAAGCAGCUUGAAGAUGGUCGCACCCUCUCUGACUACAACAUCCAGAAAGAAUCUACCCUGCACUUGGUCCUGCGUCUCCGUGGAGGCAUGCAGAUCUUCGUCAAGACCC